UCAAUUAUAAACUCAGAUUGUUUGUGGACACCAAAAUUAAGGAAACUGUCAUUUUAAGCUUCUUCUCCUCUCUGAUCCUGGCAAGCCAAAAGGAAAAAUUGAAGCAAAAAGGGAAAAAAGUAAAUAAAAACUUUGCUUUACCUCGAUCUUUGAAGGUUGCUGGAGCUUCUAUAUUGAUUUCUUUUUUUGUUUUUAAGGCUACUUGGUAUGGGAGUCGUGACUGUUUCAAGCUCGGCAGCACGAAGUCCUUUUCGGCUGGGUGCAAAAUUUACUAAUCACAAUUCUACAUUGAAAAGACCAUCGAUUGUCGCUUUUAAAGCGGAUAAGCACACAAACACAACUUUGGUCUCACCGCACGAGCAAGUAACCCUGCCUGUGGAGAGUAAUAACAUAAACAAGAAAAGAUCAGGAAAAACUAGCAAACCUUUGAAGAGAGUUAAAGCUGUCUUGAUCGAUGAAGCUACUCCAUGUACUUUGGAUGUGGAUUACAAUGAGGCUGCUGCUAAACUUGAAAACAUAUUCAAGCUUAGCCCUGUGACAGAGGAUACUGAUAUGGAAAGUAAAGAUGGCAGAUCAAAAAGAGGACAGCAAAGGAGGAAAAAAUCGGACAAGAGACAAAGUGAUGGCAUAGUCAGGAACCAGACUAAAAGGAUUAAGCGACUAGAUCUCGAUAAGAGGAUAGCACUGAGAAGUAACAAGGAGGGCAAAGCAGCUCCUUCAUUAAGGAAACAAAAAGAUACCAAAAAUGAAGAUGAUGAGAUUGAUUGUCUUGUAAGAGACUACUCUGCUUCAACUGAUUUGGUUAGUUUAGACUGGAAAAAAAUGAAGAUUCCUCCCGUUCUUCCUUCAUCAGAGCAUACUCGUUUGUUCAAGUUGGUUCAACCAAUGAAGGCACUUAUUCAAGUACAAGAAGAGCUGCAGAAAGAGUUGGGAAGAGAACCAACUGAAGGAGAAUUGGCGAAUGUGACAAAUAUGAAUGUAAUUCAAGUAAGGAGACAAUUGGAGGUUGGUCGUGCUGCCAGAAACAAGCUCAUCAAGCACAAUCUCCGCCUUGUAUUAUUUGUAAUCAACAAAUACUUUGAAGAUUUUGCAAGUGGCCCAAAAUUUCAAGACCUUUGUCAAGCAGGAGUCAAGGGACUCAUUACAGCGAUUGAUCGAUUUGAGCCAAAGAGGAAAUUCCGGCUAUCGACUUAUGCUUUAUUUUGGAUAAGGCAUGCUAUUAUUCGGUCAAUGACUUUGUCAAGCUUCACACGUGUCUCAUUUGGACUUGACUCGGUAAGAGUUGAAAUUCAAAAAGCUAAACUCGAGUUAUCAUGUGAGCUUCAUAGAUUACCAACAGAGGAAGAGAUAAUUGCAAAAGUUGGCAUCUCACCUGAGAGGUACCUAGAAGUAAUGAGGGCUACAAAACCAGUUUACUCUCUCCAUUCUAAGCAUUCAACUACAUCAGAAGAGUUUAUCAAUGGGAUCACUGAUGUAGAAGGUACCGGAGGCGACAACCGAAGGCAACCAGCUCUUCUGAGGCUUGCUUUAGACGAUGUGCUUGAUUCUCUUAAGCCAAAGGAGAGCUUGGUGAUUAGACAGAGAUAUGGUCUCGAUGGCAAAGGAAACCGAACAUUAGGUGAGAUAGCCGGAAAUCUAAAUAUUUCAAGGGAAAUGGUCCGAAAGCAUGAAGUGAAAGCUCUCAUGAAGCUCAAGCAUCCUGCAAGAGUGGAUUACCUUCGACGAUAUUUAGUCUGAACCGAUGAGAUCAUCAUGCUUUGUUUCAAUGAUCUUGUACUCUGGAUAAUUUCUUAUGGCCAAAACAUCUCAAGGGGCAAGAGAAUUGUACCAUAUAUUUGUAACUACUUGAACAUAGGAACCUCACACCAUAUGAUUCAUAUUUUGAAGGAUAUACAAUUGGCAGCUCUGCUACUUUCUUUGUAGGAAGAAGGCAGUUUGAUAGGAGAAGAAUAGCAACUAAAAGACAGGAAUGCUUAUAACCCCCCCUUGUAUACUUCGUAUGUGAUACAAAUAUAUUAUACUGUUUAUAAGUUACA